ACACACACACAGGCCCCGCCCCCUGGGUAUAAAAUUGUGAAGCGGCUCGCUAGUGCAGAGCAACAUCAUCAUGUCGCCUUGGAACUUGAUCUUGACCUCCUUGUUGAUUGUCCUAGUAACGGCGGCGUGGACAGCUCCCGUGGAGGAGCGGGAGGAGGUGGAACCGAGCGAAGAGGCGGAUGGCGAGCAGUCCGAGGAGGACGAGGACGAUGACGACUCGACAAAGAAGGAGGGACCCGCAGGUGCCCACCAGAGUGCGACGUGGGGGGCUUCAGGUGUCAGACCGCAUCCCGACGUCAGCGGUGCUCAGGGAGCCCCGGUGGCCGCAGGAGAGUCGGGUGGACACGCGGACACUUCCACAGAUUCUGACGCCGUGGACACGCGUUUAAACGCCGACGGGGAGAAGCCGUUGAACGGCGUGGGCGGAGACAAGGACGUGACAGGGACGCUGACGUCACUUGAGGGAGCGGCUUUUCACCCGGAGUACGCAGAUGAAGAACGCUCGACUGAGUCGGACGUCACGGAGCGACAAGGCGAGCGCGCCUCUGACCGAUGGCUCGGUACGCCUGCCACUGAGCGCGCCCAUCGGGACGACUUGACCUCCUCCUCCUCCUCCUCCUCACAUCACGCAGGAAAUGGCCGACAGACUCGGCCGCUGGACCAAGACGGAGUGACGGCUCAGCCGGGCCAACCUUCAGUGGAGCUUCACACUCAGCAACUCAGUGAGCGGACCCGGCCGGCGGCGACCGCUCCCGUCCUCCUUUCCACUUUGCCGCAGGAGACGAGCCGUCCACAGGAGCACAGCACAGAAUCGUCCGUACUCGUGCGCACCGGGCCGGCAGGGGGCGCUUUCGCGGACACUUUGCCAUCAGGCACACUGGCGUGGCGCACUGAAGCCGUUACCAUGGCAACGCACUCGCUCUUUUCAGAGCCAACAGGAACAUCCCUGGACUCCAGUGGUGGGCGAGUGUCUGAAGACCCCCACAAGGCUGGUUCCGUCACUGAACAGUACGACGCUUGGGGUCAAGGUCCUGAAGCUGCGGAGAACGUGGAACUGGAGGAAACCUGCUGACUUCCAAUGCAAGCCUCAAGUUCACUUUUCCCGCCGCCGCCUCCAGUGUGCCGACCUAUGGGAACGCCCCUUCGGCCGUGUUUAGGUCCCGCCCACCCACAGGCAGGGGAACCUUUGAAAAUGUUUAAUAAGAUUUGUACACCGUGAUCAAUUUUAGAAGCAGGUGAACUUGACAUUAAAAUGUCUUUUAAUGACUUUGCAAAAAGUGUUUUGGUGUCCUUUGAACAGCAGUUUUACAUCCCAUUCUGAAAUCACCACCAUCCUUUACCAUCAGUCAAAACAUGAGAAAGUUAGGCCCUAAGGAUGAAACGGUUGAGUUGUACAAUCACAAA